UCGUCGCCGAGCAGCCAUGGAUUUUAUGAAGGUCUUCGAUCAAACAGUUAAAGAGAUAAAGAGGGAGGUGAAUUUGAAGGUGUUGAAGGUUCCAGAGAUCGAGCAGAAGGUGUUGGAUGCAACGGAUGAUGAACCUUGGGGUCCUCAUGGCACAAUAUUGGCAGAGAUAGCUCAGGGCACAAAGAAAUACUCUGAGUGCCAGAUGAUUAUGAAUGUUCUUUGGACUAGACUGGCUGAGACCGGCAAAAAUUGGCGCGCUGUCUACAAGUCUUUGUCUGUUAUAGAGUAUCUUGUGGCACAUGGAUCUGAACGUGCUGUCGAUGAAAUAGUAGAGCAUACUUAUCAGAUAGCGUCUCUGUCAAGUUUUGAGUAUGUUGACCCAAGUGGAAAGGAUAACGGAAUAAAUGUGAGAAAAAAAUCUGAAACCAUAGCGGCUCUUCUAAACGACAAAGAUAAAAUACAAGAAGCAAGGAAUAAAGCGGCUGUCAAUCGUGAUAAGUAUAUUGGACUCUCAUCAUCUGGACUUGCAUGCAAGUCAGCUGCAGCCUCAGUCAGUAACAGUAACUAUAGGAGUAGCGAUCCAUAUCGAGGUUAUAGUAAUGCACGAGAUGUUUAUGCAUCUAAAGAUAGUGAAGACAAAUAUUAUAAACCAACCAAAUCAAGGAGAGAGCCCUCUCACUCUGGCAGCAAGAAACAAGGUUCUCCUGUCGCUGGUGCAUCAAAAAAAUCUUCCACAACCAGUAAGACUAACAUACAAACUUCAAGUUCAAAAAAUACCCCAUCAAACAAAUAUGAUGACGAGUUUGAUGAUUUUGAUCCACGGGGAGUUUCAAGUGCUAAACCUUCAGCUGGAAGUAGCCCAGUGGAUCUUUUUGCACAAGACUUUGUUUCUUUUUCGGAUGAACCAGUAUCUCUUCCAACAGAUAAUUCAACCACGUUGGGAAAUAAUUCAUCAGAAGUUGAUCUAUUUGCUGAUGCUGAUUUUGUAUCAGCAGAGCCUGUACCGGUUUCAGGGAAAUUUCCUGGAUCUCAAACCAAUGUUGAUGAUCUAUUUGCUUCCCAGCCUGCUCCUGCUGUUUCCACAACGAUGGAUUUUUUUGCUUCCCAGCCUGCUCCAGCUGCUUCCACCACAACAAUGGAUCUUUUUGCUGAUCCAGAUCCAGCCUCUAAACCUGAUGCAGCUAGUAGCACCUUCGAUCCGUUUGCAGCCAUUCCAUUGAGCGAGUUUGACACAGAUACUUUGCCAAUAGCUUCUGGUCAACACUUUCCUGAUGACGGUUUUCAUGCGAAAACUAAUUGUACUUCCGUUGACACCAACCCCGCACCCAAGAAGGACGCAUUUCAAGUAAAAUCUGGAAUAUGGUCAGAUUCCUUGAAUCGCGGGUUGAUUGAUCUAAACAUAACUGGACCCAAGAAGGUCAACUUAACAGACAUUGGCAUAGUUGGUGGAUUGACAGAUGGAUCAGAGUCGAAAGACAAGGGACCUCUGCCUUCGUUCAACAUGGGAAUAGCCAUGGGCGUCGCAUCCGGAGUAACUACACCCAGCAUCACAUCCGGAGGAACUACACCUGAGCGAUCAAAACCAAUAUCUGCACUAACAUUGGACGACGAUUUCUUCUCCAGUUUAAGCAGCCAGCAACACUAGAUUCCCAAGCUUUCAAAAAUGAGUUACUCUGCUACUUGAGUUUAGUAUUUAUUUCGUAAAAUUUUCAGCAUCGGUUUGGAUGCUAGAGAAGAUUGUUUACGUUUUUUUGUUCUGUUUGUGUAUGGUUGAUUGCUGGUGGCCUGCUGCCAACCAAGGUUGGUAGGAAAUAUUUCAUGAAUAAAAGGCUAUAAGUGAUUAAACAUUAA